CAAAUAUAGGUAUAACCACAUACACUUGUGCCACUGUAGUGAGGCUAAGCAGUGAGGGACUUUAUUCAAUGCUACAUGAAAAAUACACCAUUGUUCAUAUUAAUAUUUAUAUGUAAAGGACAAGUGUGUCAUAUAACCAUUCUCUUUUCAUCUUAUUUAUUUUCUUCUUUUUGACAAUGCCCGAUUUUGAAUAUAGACUUGUAGUGCCACUUAUUCUAUGGUCACUUUUGACUGUUGGUAUUGUUGCCUGCAUUAUCAAGAAUGCAAAAUAUAGAACACUUAUUGUAUACGCUGCUCUUAUACCUGCUCUAUAUGGACUAUUGUCAGCUAUUACAAAUAUCCAGGAUUGGAUCAAUAAUAUGCAUCACAUAACUAUCCUUAAAGAUGUUAAAACUGGGUUUGAAAAUAUUAGUACCUCAUUACUACCUUUGCCUGCACUGCUUGCUUAUUCACGCCUGUCUAAACAAACGGGCAAAAAAAACAGUAGAUGGCUUGUCCGUGUGGGAUUCUACUACGUCUCUUUUUUAAUCAGUCUGGACAUAUCAGCUACCUUCUUCGCAGAUUUCUUUAGCGACGGUGCUGUACCUGAUAGCUUAUUUUCGGUUAUUGCCCGUGGCCAUGGCUUUUUUAUUGUUGUUUUUACAUUACUUCUUCCGAUCCACUGGAGAAAAUUGAAUGAAAAAGCUAGGAAUACUUUGCUUUGGUACACCUUGGCUUACCUAACUUCUGAAAUUACCUUUUUGGUCAUCAAUUUUGUUCAAGCAAUUUCUGUUAAUACGUAUUAUGGCAUAACAUAUGCUCUUAUCCAAUUACCAAGGGUUCUAUCUCUCAUAAUCGUCACUUUGUAUGCACACACUUGGAAUAUGGAUGGAAUCUUAUUAGAAAGUAAUUCAGACAGCGAGUUUGAAUUCGAAGAUGAAGCUGACAGCGAUGAUGACAAUGACAAUAGCAACGACAAUGACAAUAACGAUCAAGGCAAUUAUGAUGCUACGGAUGCCUUUUUACCUGCUGUGUAAUUAAUGACAACAAACAAACACAAAGAGAUCAUUUUUUUAAUACAUACACUUAAUAAAGAAUUAUGUACAUACUUUUUGACAUUAUUCCAAAUAAUAAAAUGUGCAUUGUAUAAAUAAAUCAAAUUCAAAAAUCAUUUUGGUGUUGUAUAAAAGUGAGUGGUUUCAAACAGUAAAUGGAAAAUAAACAACGUAUUCUAUUUUUAC